AUGCUUGGCAACUUAUGUGUACAUUUAUAUUCAUACAUAAUCAUAAUAAUUGAUGAUGAAUGUUACAGGUGUGUUGAACUUCACUUCGUUGCACUUCGUUACGUUCAACUGUUUAUAGAUCACAGGAGGUUUAUAGGUUACAGGUGUGUUGAACUUCACUUCGUUGCACUUCGUUACGUUCAACUGUUUAUAGAUUUCAGUAGGUUUAUAGGUUACAGGUGUGUUGAACUUCACUUCGCUGCACUUCGUUACGUUCAACUGUUUAUAGAUUACAGUAGGUUUAUAGGUUACAGGUGUGUUGAACUUCACUUCGUUGCACUUCGUUACGUUCAACUGUUUAUAGAUUACAGUAGGUUUAUAGGUUACAGGUGUGUUGAACUUCACUUCGUUGCACUUCGUUACGUUCAACUGUUUAUAGAUUACAGUAGGUUCAUAGGUUACAGGUGUGUUGAACUUCACUUCGUUGCACUUCGUUACGUUCAACUGUUUAUAGAUCACAGUAGGUUUAUAGGUUACAGGUGUGUUGAACUUCACUUCGUUGCACUUCGUUACGUUCAACUGUUUAUAGAUUACAGUAGGUUUAUAGGUUACAGGUGUGUUGAACUUCACUUCGCUGCACUUCGUUACGUUCAACUGUUUAUAGAUUACAGUAGGUUUAUAGGUUACAGCGAAUAUUUUGGAACAGAAACCACACGACAAGAGACAUUGAAUUGA